GAGGACGCGGCCUGCCCCGGCCCGGCGGAAAGGUCGGCAUCCAAAGGCCGGGAAGGCUUGGCUCUCGCCCGGCUUUCCCAGCGCGGGGCUCCGGUAACCGGAGGGCUUCGCUUCCUUCUCCUCCAGCAGCAGCAGCAGCAGCAGCAGCAGCUCCUCCUCAGCUCCUCCCUCCGGGCGAGGAAAGCCCCGCCGGACUGAAGGCUGGAGGCCUCCGGGGAGCAGGACGUGGGGGCAGCUGUCUUCCAUCCCCCAGAAGACACCCUGGUGGAAGAUUGCCCAAGUCACAGCUCCAGUGAGCAAGACCCCUUGCUCCAGAAACUUCACGCUCUCUGGGCAUGGAGGGACAUGGAAAAGCUCCGGAAAGAAAUGCGUCUGGGCUUUGCUGGCCUGCACGACCCAUUGGCCUGGCUCCUGGACGUGCUGGAUUGCUGUGCAGACUGGAGAGGGCCGGGCUUGCUGACCCACAUUGUCCGUGAACUGCAAGGCUGGAUAAAGAGCCGUGCCAGUGAUCAGCCGUCUGGCUUAAAGCUGGAGAAGCUGCAGGCCCGUCUCUUUCCCUUGCUCGCCCGCUGCAAUGUCAGCCUGCUGCAGCCCCUGAUCAGCAUCUAUCAGCUCCACACUGCAGACCGCCACCAUUUGCUGGGCUUCAUCAGCCAGCUCUGCCAGCAGGGGAAGUUCAAAGAGGCUGCCACUUUAAGUAUAAAACUGAAACUCCAACCAGACCUGGAAUUUGAGAAGAUGUGUGUUCCGUUGCUGCUUCAGGACAAAACGGAACUCGUUGAAGCUUACGUGGAAGGUAGCCCUGAGCUGCAGCAGAGCCUCUUGCGGCUCCUGGACUCAUGGUCCGUUCCAGGCUUCCAGGUCAAAGACCUGGCAAGACAGUAUCAGGCCCUGCCUGGCAAGUGGACAGAAAAGAUCAACUGCAGGACGAUGCAUAAAAUGGCCUUCCGGAUGCUGGACAGAUACAGCCUGGACCCAGUGCUUUGUCCCCAUAUUCUCAACCAGCGACACCUGGGCACUUUGAAAUACCUGCUGCACAAGAGAUUUGUUGAGAAAUCCAUGACGCAAGAAAACUGGGCAGAUCACAUCCAGGGCAUCGUCCAGGACAACCGGUGGUUGCAAGAGCAGCUGGUGCAACUCCUGGUCCGUUACGCUGGCCUGGGGGUUGCUGCCCAGUGUGCCCAGCACUACAGCCUCCUUGGGGACAGCUUGCCGCCUGGCCUGGCAGCCCGGAUGGAAGAGCCGGCCAUCGCGGAGAGGGACGAUGCCUCAGAGCAGAGCCCGAGUGCUUGGGACAGCAUGAAGGAGGGCUGCUAUCGGCUCCCCGUGCCAAGGGCAGACAUCCUUUUCUUGUCCACCUGGGAAGAGGUGAUGGCGUGCCAGGAACAAGUGCUCCAGCCUGGCCAAGUCGUUGGCAUCGACAUGGAGUGGCGCCCCUCGUUCAGCACCAUUGGAGGGAAGCCGCGGGUCUCGGUUGUUCAGCUGGCGAUUUGGGGCCACGUCUUCCUCUUGGACAUGUUGCAGCUGCUUCAGCAGGGGGAACGGGAGGCCCAGGCUGCCGUCUGCAGCUUCUUCCAGACUCUCCUGGCCGACCCAGCCAUUGUGAAACUAGGCUACGGGAUGUCAGGAGACCUGCGUAACCUCAUGGCAACCUGUCACAUUUCCAGAGAUGCGGACCUGGAACUCUGUGGCAUUCUGGACCUCCAGCUGGUACACCAAAAGUUGCCGAAGCGCUCCAAGAAGAGCUGCCAGCCAGCACUGGACCCCUGCCCAGCGAAGGACAAGGCCUGGGGAAGCAAGCUCCCCGAGAAGGGGCUCAGCCUGCUGGUGCAGGAGGUCCUGGGCAGACCCCUCAACAAGACAGAGCAGCUGUCCAACUGGGAGAAGAGGCCCCUUCGGGAGACGCAAAUCCUUUACGCAGCCUGUGAUGCCUAUUGCUUGCUGGAGGUGCAUGCAAAGUUGUUGAAGGACCCGGCUGCCUUCGGCCUGAGCUCCGAUAUGGUGGGGAUGAUGAGGAAAGCCGGCCACCCCAAGGCAAAAGCAAGGAAGCCACCGAGGAGGGAGCAGGAAGCCCCCCCCACGGUCAAGGAGAGUCCAGCAUCCGUCCUGGCAGAUGCCCCCAGGGCUUCGGUUGGCAUCCUGGCGCAAGACUUCCGCGUGGUCUGCGACAACAUGUUGCAGGGCCUGGGACGAUCCCUGCGCUGCCUCGGGGUGGAUGUCCGGAUCCUGGGGAACGAUGAUGAGCACCGGAGGGCUGCUGAGAUUGCCAGGGAAGAGAAUCGAGUGAUUUUAACCUCCGGCCUUCCAUUUCAUUCGCUGCGGUCCCAAGUGGGCGAAGGUCGGUGUUUCUCGGUGAGCUGCUCAGAGAAGGCCAGGGACCAAACCCUGCAGGUCCUGAAGCAUUUCAACGUCCGGGUGACCUUGGCUGAUGUUUUCAGCCGCUGCCAGGCCUGCAACUGCAGCCGGUACGUGAAGGUCUCGAAGGAGAGGAUGGCCCUGCUGAGGAAGCGGAGCGGCUGCUGGACGGGGGAGGAUGCAGAGGCCCGUUUGGGAGGUCCCGGCCCCACCGCCACCCUGGAGCCCCAAAGUUGCAGCCUCGGCCUUCGCCAACCUGCCCGCAGCCCACCCUGGCAGGGCCUGGAAGCAGCAGGCCCCGGGGACGAACCCGCCCUGCUGCCCACUGGUGUCCGCCUGAGAGUCGAGGCCGUCCCGCCCGGGGUGCUGUGCCAGGAGGACCUGACCUGCUUCUACUGCUGCAGCCAGUGCGGCCAGGUCUUCUGGGAAGGCUCCCACCUGGGCCGCCUGGUCUCCCAGUUUAGGGAGGUGCUGGAGCUGCCGGAAGAGAGCUGAAGUGGGGCUUGUCCUUGGGCUCUGCGAAGGAAUGGGAGUGGCCCCCCCAGGAGCUUCCCUCACGGCAGGAGGGCAUGUUGGCAGGCCACCCCCUUUUUAGAGGGAUCUUUGAAAGGAUUUUCGGCUUCUUUGCUCAGGCCAUCAGACCACUGCAGACAGAGUAGGACCAGCACUCCCAUUGCCUGUUGCCUCUAGUGUGAGAUGGAUUGUUAGCAUCAUUUGCACCCCAGACUCCAGGACCAAAUGUUCUCUUGCGGGUUGGGGGAUUCCACACACACACACACACACACACACACACACACACCCCUCCACACAGUGCAACUUGGAGCCUUUGCUGUAGAACUGUAUGCCCGUCUCUCUCUCUCUCUCUCUCUCUCUCUCUCUCUCUCCACCCCCCCUCCCUCCCCAGCACAGAAGAGAUCCUGCCGUUUCUCUGGAGAUAAGAGGCCCAGGCAAGAAAUGUCUCUCAUAAUCCCAGUACACACACCCUUCCUUUUUUUUUUUUUGUUUUUUUUUUUUUUAGUAUAAUAGUUCCAUCUUCCAUUAAACAAUGUAUCGUCUGGGUACAUGCAUCUUUAUGCAAUAAUAAUCAAAAUUUACAAUGGUAUUCAUUACAUUGAUAUUAAGGUAAAGGUAAAGGUUCCCCUUGCACAUAUGUGCUAGUCAUUCCUGACUCUAGGGGGUGGUGCUCAUCGCCGUUUCAAAGCCGAAGAGCCAGCGCUGUCCGAAGAUGUCUCCGUGGUCACGUGGCCAGCAUGACUCAACGCCAAACGCCCACGGAAUGUUGUUCCCUUCCCACCAAAGGUGGUCCCUAUUUUUCUACUUGCAUUUUUUACCUGCUUUCGAACUGCUAGGUUGGCAGAAGCUGGCACAAGUCAUGGGAGCUCACCCCAUUACACGGCACUAGGGAUUCAAACCGCUGAACUGCCGACCUUUCGAUCGACAAACUCAGCGUCUUAGCCACUGAGCCACCACGUCCCUACAUUGAUAUUACUUCUCUAAUUUUACAAUACUAACAUUGAACAUUAUAAACCUAUUCACUUCUCUCUCUUGACAUAUCUUCUAAUGGGAAUAUAAUAAUAAUAUUAAGCAUAAUAAUCAUAGUGUUUACAUCUCUCUCUUAACAUAUUUUCUAUAUUUCGCUGAUCUUUUGUUUCCUAUUUUUAACUUCCAUUUUUAUUCUCUAACCAUCGAUAAAAUAGUUCCCAUGUCAUAUAAUAUUCAGUUUGUUCUUUCUCCUUAAUUGCAAGUGUUAAUCUAUUCAUUUCUGCACAUUCUAAUAUUUUCCUAAUCACCUUCUCAUCAGUAGGGAUCUCUUCACCUUUCCAGUUUUGUGCAAAUACAAUUCUAGGUUCAGUUAAUACAUGAAUAAUUAGAUAUGCAUUCCUUUUAAUAUAGGUUUCAGGUAAAAUCCUCAACAAAAAUAUUUCUGGUUUUAAAUCUGUGUGUUGUUUUAUCAUCUUUUCCAGCCACGUAUAUAUUUUUGUCCAGUAUUUUUUUGCUUCUACGCAUGUCCACCACAUGAUAAUAAGACCCAGGUAUCUAGUGGUAUUUCCAACAUUUAGCUGACUUAUCUUCAAACACCUUUGCCAACCUCGCCGGCGCAAAAUAUCAUCUAUGAAACAUUUUAUACAAAUGUUCUUUAUAUGCAGUUGAUGUUAAUUUAUAGUUCCUGUCCCACAAUUUUUGCCAUUUAUCUAAUUCUAUUGUGUAACCAAAGUUGCCCGUGCUAUCAUUGUCUCCUUCACUUGUUCAUCUUCCAAUUUGAUGCCCAAUAAAUAGCUAUACAUUUUCUUUAUCAAUCUUCCUUCUGUCCCUGUUAAUAUCUUGUCUAAUUCUGUUAUCUCCAUUUACCAUCACCUUUGCAGUUUGCUUAUAAUAUAUCGCCUUCAUCAUACUAAUAAAUAUCUCUCCAAUGUCCAUGCCUUCUAAUUGUGCUAGCAUAAAUUGCCAGUUCACAUUGUCAUAAGCUUUUUGUGCAUCUAGGAAAAUCAACGCCAUUUGCUUCUCUGAGUGCACUUCAUAAUACUCCACUGUAUUUAAAAUUAUUCUCAUAUUGUCUUUAAUUUGUCUCUUAGGUAAAAAUCCAUUUUGAUCUGAAUGUAUAAAUUGGUUUAAGAAUCUUUUUAGUCUUUCUACAAUUAUUGAGGCAUAUAUUUUAUAAUCAGCAUUCAAUAAGGAUAUCGGUCUAUAGAUUUUUAUCUGUUGUAAAUCAGAAUCUCUUCGGUAUGAGGGUAAUAUAUGCUUGCAUCCAUGAAUUUGGUACUUUCACUUCUAGCAAUAGUUCAUUAAAUACUUCCAACAUUGGUAUACUUAAAAGUGUCUUAUAAGUCUUUGUAGAGUUCUGCUGGUAUACUAUCCUGACAGGUGUUUUGCCAUUCUUUUGUCUCUUAAUUGCUUCUGUUAAUUCCAUCAUCCUUAUGCAUUCAUCUAACAUAGCUUUCACUAUUUCAGGUACUUUAGGUAAUUCACCUUUUUCUAAAUAUUGUUUUAUCUUUUGAAAUUGUCUCUUGAUCAUAUAGUUUUUCAUAGUAGUUUUGAAUCACUUUUCUUUUUAUCAUCAUUUUGGUGGUGAAGAGUUCCUUCAUCGUCCAUUAAUUGGUGUAUCAGUUUCUUUUCUUUCUCCUUUUUCAAUUUAUGUGCCAACCAUCUUCCUGGUUUAUUUGCAUUUUCAAAGAAGUUUUGUUUGGCACUUUUCAUUUUUUGUGCUAGUUCUUUAUCUAUUAAGUUCAUACUAUGUUUUAUUAAUUCCAUUUGAUUUUUUAAAAUUCUUUUUAUGUGGGUUUUUUUUUUGUAGUUCUAUCUCUAGUCUCUUAUAUUCUUCUUCUAAUUUCUUUUGAUUUUGUCUCCUUUUUAUUUUUCUUUCCCAUAUACAUUAUAGUUAAUCCUCUAAUAUAUGCCUUUAGCUGUGUCCCAUACAUUUUGUAAUGAAAUCUCUUCUUUUCUAUUCUCUUUAAAGAAAAAAUCCAAUUCUCUUUCCAUAAAUUGGAUCUUUUCAUUUAAUAUUGAUUGAUUCGACAUCCAUCUUUAUUUCCUUUUUUGUUCCUUCCAUAUAACUUUUAUCGGAUUGUGAUCUGCCCAGUUGCUUAUUUCUAUAUUUAUUUCUUGCACAUUAGAUUUUAGGUCUGAUGACAUCCAUAUCAUAUCUACUCUUAACCAUGACAUAUGUCUGUUUGAAUAAAAUGAAUAUUGAUUUUCCUUAGGAUGCAUCUCGCCAUACAUCUUGAAUGCCUAGUUCUUCCACCAUUUUGAAGAAAGCUUUUGGAAGCAUUUUCCUAGUUUUUUAAUUUACUUUUCUAGUUUUAUAGUUCAGCCCCCCCCCUUCCUGUUGCCCAUUCUUUGCUCGCCCGUUUAUCCUCUGAGUUCCUGCCGGGGGUUCGACAGGGAGACCUUUAGGCUGCUUUGAGGAAUCUGGACCUUCGGCCUGGAGGACAGCACUGCUCUCUCCUCCAGGGGCUUUCUUGGUUCUGUCCCCCUCUGCCCCCAAAGAUCCUGGGCCCCCUCUCUUCACGGAAUGAGAUGCCACUGGCAAAGACCUCUGCAGGGCUAGGCAAACGGAUCUAACUGCUCUGGGUCCGGGUGUAAACGUUACUGAGGGUGAUAGAAGAUUUGUGCAAAUAAAAUGUCUUUUUACACAUUCAGAUGUUCAGCUGCAGUUUGUAGGACAAAUAAAUAACGGUGCUACUUAAAAGAA